AUGAUAUUAAUAACUUGUUUAUUUUUUUUUACAACAAAACAACUGUUUCAACAAAUUCGAUCAACAACAUUAUUACAAGUUGACGCAACUUAUAAAUUAACCUGGAAUAAUUUACCUUUGCUUGUAUUUGGUUCCACGGAUGCUAAUCGUCAUUUUAAACCAUUUGGAAUGGCAUUAAUAUCUACUGACGAAGAUUCAGAAUGUUUUAUUCAUUUAUUUAAUUCAAUUAAUGCAUUGUUUCUUCAAGAAUUUAAUGAACCUUGUGCAAUUAAUCAAAUAAUGGCAGACGGUGCACCAGCAAUUACAAACGCCCAAAAUAUGGUAUUUCCAAAUAGUCGAAGAUUAAUGUGUUUGAGCCAUAUGAUAAAAAAAUGUCGUGAUCGUCAUCAUCGUAAUUUAGUUAAUAAAAAUGACUGGUUAAUGAUCGAUAAAGACAUUCAUGAACUUCGAUUGGCCUUUACUGAUGAUAUAUUUAAUCGCGGUGUUUUCUUAUUGUUACAAAAAUGGAACCAAAUACCAUCGAUGAAACAAUUUGUUAAUUAUUUUACUGAUUAA